AUGUCAGACGAAGAGGCCCUUUCACCACCGAGACGGUCUGGAACUAGCGACCCCGGCGCACACGAUCUGGCCAACGCCUCCGACUCAGAAGACCACUUCUCCGAUGCGCAAUCUGCCCCCCUCAGUCCCGGAACGUCGCCGAUUCCCAAAACCCGCGUAGAGAAAGUUGACGACGAGCCUUCGUACGGCGAGGUUCCUGGAACAGAAGCGUACCGCUUGAGGGAGGGUGAUGCUGAGCCGGAUGAAAUUGCUAUCCAGGAAAAGAGCAGCAGCGAGGCCUCUUCUACCGCAGACGGUGCGCCAAAGUCGCCAGUCAUCCCUAAGACUGUCGUCGUGGAGGCCCCGGGCUCAUCAGGGCUGCACUCAGAGGAGUUCUUGGAGAAGCGCCAGGCAGAUGCCGCAGCCGACUUGGUUGUCAAGCCAGACGGCGAGACUGAGAAGGGUGGCAGUUCCGAUCUUCCCCCUGUAUCAACUGCGCUAUCACCACCAAGUUCGCCUCGCAUGAAGCGGAAGCCCUCCAAGACAGCUCUCUCAUCUGUUCCGUCCAGCGCCGGUCUCGCGCCGCCUCCCGAUGCAGCAGAUAACGAUGACGAUGACGUCGAUGGCGCUGAAGGUGGUGAUGAGGAUGAAGAUGACUUUGGUGACGAUUUCGACGACUUUGAGGAUGGUGCAGAAGCCGACGGCGACUUUGACGAUUUUGAAGAAGGCUUCCAAGAACCCGAGUUCCAAGCUCCCGUGCCAACUCCCGCGCCGAGCUUACCACAAGUACCAUCACUGCCUUUCGCCAUACCAGAUUUCGACGGCUUAGACGGCGAAGACGUUCUUCAAGCUGUCGACCCAUACCUUAACACCCUCUUUCCACCAGAAAGCCUGGACGUCGACUCCCCGCCGCCGUUGACGAAAGAAAAUCCCAUCUUCCUCACACCACGCAGUGCGUCUUUGUGGUCACAGCUGGUCGCGCCCCCACCCCUGGCUCCGCCAGAUUGGAUCCGCUCACGAAUCCGCCGUCUCUUCCUGGUCUCUCUAGGCGUGCCGGUUGAUCUGGACGAAAUUCUCCCAGCCUCCAAGCAGAAGAAGCUUGUGCUGCCUUCAUUACAAGUGCCCUCCGGCUCACCGCGGACAUCAUCAGAUUCUCGGUCCGUUUCGCGGCUGCGGGCCGAGGCCAACGCCUCGUCGACCUCUAUCGACUCAAAAGGGAAGCCGACUGCGUCCUCCAAGAAGAAGGGACCGCCGCCGGUGCCGGACUUGGAUCUCGUAUCGGCCAAGCAGCUCUGCACGACGACGGACGAGGCCCUGAACGGCAUGACAGACGAGGAGCUCAAGGCGCACGUAGACAGACUGAAGGCGAUGGAGGGCACGGCUAAGGAGGUGCUCGAGUACUGGACCAAGAAGACAGACGAAAAGAUAGGCGACAGAGAGGCCUUUGAAGGCGUGAUAGAAAACCUGGUCAAGCACGCACGCAAGGUCAGGAAAUAA